GCUUAUAUUACCAGUAUAAAGUGCCCUAUAUUCUUAUUCUAAUUGUGUUGAUGGUGCAUAAAUAUUUAAUUAGAGUUAUGUAAGUAAAAAGAGCAAUGCUGAGAUGCUGCUUUGAAUUAUUUUAGACUCCCCUGCUUCUUGUAUGAGCUUUCCCUGUAUUUCUGUCUUUCUUUGCAAAAACAGUGGUAUAUUUUUAAUUCUUUCAUGCCAUGUCACUUUUUGAGACCAGUACAUUCAGCUGUGUUAGUGGCUGGAUUUCAUGCUGAGGAGUAAUUGUUAGUGAUUAUUUCCGCUUUGGACUGAUUUCAUUGCUGUUCUUCCUCUCCUUGCUAUGCCGUUGAUACGACAGUUGCUGUUUUACCUUACUUUCUUGUACACUCAGACUGUUAGUGCAAGUCCAGCUGAGGACAGUGUUCACAGGAAUAAUCAGGGGAAGCAGGCAGACCGUGCCCUGGAUGAUCUGCACCAGGAUUCCUAUACGACAUUUGUUUCUGAGUUCUACAAAGAGGGCUAUCUUUCUGAUGAAGGUUACCCUUUUCCUACUGCUCCUCCUGUGGACCCAUUUGCAAAAAUACGAGUAGAUGACUGUGGGAAAACAAAGGGCUGUUUUAGGUAUGGCAAGCCAGGAUGUGAUGCUGAGACAUGCGACUACUUUCUGAGCUAUCGCAGAAUAGGAGCUGAUGUCGAAUUUGAGAUGAGUGCUGAUAUUGAUGGCUGGGUGGCAGUAGGAUUUUCCUCAGAUAAGAAAAUGGGUGGUGAUGAUGUCAUGGCCUGUGUUCAUGAUGACAAUGGUAGGGUUCGAAUACAUCACUUUUACAAUGUAGGUCAGUGGGCUAAAGAAAUCCAAAGAAACCCAGCCAGAGAUGAAGAAGGAGUAUUUGAAAACAACCGUGUGACUUGUAGAUUCAAGCGUCCAGUGUAUGUUCCCAGAGAUGAAACCAUUGUGGACCUGCACCUGAGCUGGUAUUAUUUGUUUGCAUGGGGCCCUGCUAUUCAGGGGUCUAUAACACGACAUGAUAUUGACUCACCUCCUGUCUCAGAGAAUGUGGUUAGUAUUUACAAAUAUGAGGACAUUUUCAUGCCAUCUGCUGCCUACCAGACCUUUUCUUCUCCUUUCUGCUUGCUUCUGAUUGUUGCACUAACAUUUUAUUUGUUGAUGGGGACGCCAUAAGCCAUAUACAUAAAGGAGAAUAUAGCAAUUAAAAUACUUUUCUUUAAAUUCUUCUUCCAGUAAAACAACUCUGGCUUAAAUGGCUUACAGAAGUAAUCUGUUGUAAUUGCUUAUAAUGUUGAAAAAAGCCAGUGAACAAAUGAGCUUUGUUCAAUAUGAAAACAAACAAUGGCUGACCAGAAAAGAAUUUCAACUGUCACAGAGCACAUGUGAACUGGUUUUGAGUAUUAGCCUUACUACAAAAAUUAGUAUUUUCUUGAUGUUUCUACUGGUCCUUCAGGUUCUGUGGGCUUACGUUGUUUUGCUGAAAGCAUAUCAUGGCUUACAUGGGAAGUCUCAUAAUUGACUAGCAUAUGACCUGCCAUACACAGCUGAACAGAAAAAGCAUUGUCUUAACAAUAUAAUUUUUACUAGGGUGGAAUGAAGGAAAUUGUAUAGCUCCAGCAAAAUUAGGAUUGCUGCUUAUAAUAUUGUUUUCAAAUUAACCAUUAAGAAAGUCUAAACUUUUAGUGCAAAUAUUUUAUUAAACUUAAAUUGCUGUACCUGAUUUAACCUGUCAAGAUCUGUGAUAACAAAAACACCUUAUGAUGUCAUAAUUCUAAAAUGCCAUUGUCUAUUAAGUAAAAUAUAAUUAUAGACACGUAUACAUAUAACUCAUGCUAAUCUGCCCUGUGCCUGCAUUACCAAUCCAAACAUCAAAAGGCAUUAGAUAAAAUUAAAACUUUGUUGGGAAAUGUAUAAAAAAGACUUAUUUACACUGCCAAUUCUAUCCCCACUUUGUAAACAUGCUGUUGAUAUGUAUUCAUUCUCAUCUUAGUUUUAUAAGAAGCCAAUGUAUGUAUUUUCAUUUACAGUAAUACAUGCAUUUGCAGUACAUAAUAUCAAGGACAUUUUGCAUCUUUCAUUUUAAUUAGUGUUAGUGGUCUGAUAUUUAGAUUGUACAGCUGCAAUUUCUUUUGCCCAGUGGAAUGCCUGGUUUUAAUCUCCUAAAACUUUUGUGUGACAUAAAAGACUUUUUUAACUAAUAUGAAAUUGAUAAUUUAGCUGUGUGAUUUAAAACGCAUGAUUGUACUGGUAAUAAAAUGUUUUAUUAAUUUUUUUAAAACAAACAGCAUAUAAAUGUAUUAAUUAGGGUACAGAAUCCUAACCAAUGCACACAUAAAAUCCUCAUCUGUGGCCAAUUUUC